GAGCAAUAUGCUUGCAACAGCUUGUGCUCAAGUAGGAUAUUUGCAACUCGUGCUUCAGCAAGGUGUUUCAACUCGUGCUCGAGCAAGAUGCUUGUAGCUCAUCAUUAUCAAGCUUGAGUAAUGGAGCCCAACUAUAGUCAAUCCGGCCAUAGCUGCUUAGUCUUCUUCUAUCAUUGUAACCAUAGGCUUUUGUUCCCUAGCAGCUGAUUGGAGGGAUUUCACACUAGUGAGCUUUUUGGCUGAGAGCUGAGGCUGCAGUUCUUCAUGAGCAUAAGACAAUGGUAUUCGAGCAUCUCAAACUUCGAUAACGAGGUCAGAGAGUUUGAGGCAUUGGUGGAUGGCAUGGGUGGCAGUAGCCAUGUGGUCGAGGAACCAGUUGAUGACUCCACUAUGAGAAGUACAUUAUGGUUGAAGAACAGAGAGGCACAUGGCCACCAUAGCCAAAACCAGAGGAGCUUAGAAGGAAAGCUAGGAGACUGCUUUGUUGCUGCUGCUGAGCUGGGAGACUACUUUGCCAUUGUCGAGCUGGGGGACUACUUUGUCGCCGUUAUCAAGCUCAAGCUCAUCUUGUCUCAUUGAGGGUGCCUCAUUUGUGAGCUCAUUUUUCUAAGAACUUUCAUGGUCAUGUGCUCACUUUUUUUUUUUUUUUUGGUGGACCCCUUUUAGUUGCCUUAAGCUUGUGUUUUGCUAACACUUUUUUGUUUCUUGAAUACUCAUUGCUGACAUUGUACCAUGCGUCAAUAGUUAUGCAAAGCUACUCCUUUGUUUGUCUUCUUGUGAAAGCUUCCCUUCUUCAUAGGUGAAUAAACCCAUUUCGUAAAU